CCUCUCUUAUGUUCUGGCUAAUAAAUUUGGAUGUUAAUGAUCAAAGUUUCAACAACAAUAGUCUGGUCCCUUCAUUUAUUGCUCUUCUCCCUUUGCCUAUUCUAACUCUAUAAAUCCUUUUUUAUUUCUUUCCUUUCUCUCCCUGCCAUUGACACAGAGUAGUAGUAGUCCUUCCCCUGUUUCUGAAACUACUACUUCCCCCCCUUCUAUUUCCCAAUUCCUUUCUUACUAGUUUCUUCCCUUUUUUUUUCUCUUUUUUAUCCAUCUCUCUCCAGUCAGUCUCUAAUUUCGAGAAAGUUUCUAAAUUUGAUUUAGCCUACAUUCCUUUCCCAUCAAAUUCAGCACCAUUUCUGAUCAGUGGUCUGUUUUUCAGUCCCUGUUCUGGUGGGGUCAUUUUUUUUUUUUUUUGGAGUUGCUGAGAUGGACGCAGGGACGGUGUGGAUGGUUCUGUCAUUUGUGGCUGCUUAUUUACUAUGGUUCAGAUUCAUGUCCAAGUCUUUGAAUGGCGGCCCGAGGUUGUGGCCCGUUUUGGGCAGCUUGCCGGGUUUGAUCCACAAUGCUAACCGCAUGCACGACUGGAUCGCCGACAACCUUCGGGCCUGCGGCGGGACGUACCAGACUUGUAUCUUCGCGAUCCCUCCGCUGGCCCGGAAACAGGGCCUCGUGACCGUCACGUGCGACCCGAAGAACUUGGAGCACAUACUCAAGGUCCGGUUCGAUAAUUACCCGAAAGGUCCGACUUGGCAAGCCGUGUUUCAUGAUCUGCUUGGGGAAGGGAUUUUUAAUUCCGACGGUGACACGUGGCUCUUCCAGCGUAAGACCGCCGCGCUGGAGUUCACCACCCGGACUCUCCGGCAAGCCAUGGCUCGGUGGGUCAGCCGAGCCAUCAAGCUGAGGUUUUGCCCCAUUCUUGAAACGGCCCAGGUGGAGGGCAAGCCGGUUGAUCUUCAGGACCUCCUGUUGCGGCUCACCUUCGAUAAUAUCUGCGGCUUGGCUUUCGGAAAGGACCCGCAGACGCUCUCGCCGGGGCUACCGGAGAACGGGUUCGCCACCGCUUUCGACCGGGCCACGGAGGCGUCUUUGCAGAGGUUUAUCCUACCGGAAUUCAUGUGGAGGGUGAAGAAAUGGCUGGGGCUUGGGAUGGAAGUCAGCUUAACUCACAGCUUGAAACACGUGGACGAUUACAUGACCAACGUGAUCAACACGCGCAAGCUGGAGCUGCUGAAUCAGCAGCACGGCGGGCCCAUCCACGACGACCUGCUCUCCAGGUUCAUGAAGAAAAAGGACUCCUACUCGGACAAAUUCCUCCAGCACGUGGCCCUCAACUUCAUCCUAGCUGGACGUGACACGUCAUCCGUCGCUCUGAGCUGGUUCUUCUGGCUGGUAAGCCACCACCCGAGAGUGGAGGAGAAAAUAUUGAUCGAGUUAUGCACGGUCUUGAUGGAGACACGUGGCGAUGACGUGUCAAAGUGGCUCGACGAACCUCUAGUUUUUGAAGAAGUCGAUCGUUUGAUGUACCUCAAGGGCGCAUUGUCCGAAACACUUAGGUUGUACCCCUCGGUGCCGGAAGAUUCCAAGCAUGUGAUCGCCGACGAUACAUUGCCGGACGGGACGUUUGUUCCGGCGGGAUCCAAUAUCACAUACUCAAUUUACUCGGCUGGACGUAUGAAGUAUAUUUGGGGGGAAGAUAGCUUAGAGUUUAGGCCCGAGAGGUGGAUGUCACAAGAUGGUACAAAAUUCGAGCCUCACGACCAAUUCAAAUUCGUGGCAUUCAAUGCAGGCCCCAGGAUCUGCUUGGGUAAAGAUUUGGCGUUCUUACAGAUGAAGUCCAUCGCCGGGGCGGUGUUGCUCCGCCACCGGCUCACGGUGGCACCGGGGCACAAGGUGGAGCAGAAGAUGUCAUUGACAUUGUUCAUGAAGAAUGGUCUCAAAGUGAACGUGCAUAAGAGAGAUUUGGGUCCCAUAUUGGCUAAAAUUGGGAAAAAUGAUCAGAGUGGACAGCAUUUCAUCACUAAUGGAAUUGGCCAUGCAGAAGUUGCCAAGAUCAAUGGUUUUCAUUAAAGUUAUUCUGAUGAUUUGUGAAUAAUAUAUUGAUGCGACCAUAUUAGAACUUAUUAUACAAAAAGCCAUGGAUGGAUGAAAAAAAAAUUAUUGUUAUUUGCCCUCCAACCAAAAAAAAAAAAAAUUAAAUGGCAAAUUGGAGUUAUUGAUUUGAAGUAGUAGGAGCCUGCAUUUUCCAGAGGAUCACAUGAUAACCAAGAAAGUCAAGAACCAUAAAAUUUAGGGUGUGCUUCUCACCUUGGAUUGUUUUAGAAGCUCCCUUAAUUUGUUACCCUUUUCUUUUUUUUUUUUUGAUUCAGAAACUUUAUAAUGUUUAUCUUUCCCAAUUUUCGGCUUUUACUUUGGUUCAUAAUAAUAUAUCAGUUUUGCAAUGUACUAUAUAUAUAUAGGACUUAUUUUGUCACUCUAAAUUGUACAAUUUGAUCAGCGAAUGUAUCUUGAUUUAAUAUUUUCUUAAACUUUGUUAAGACGUCAUUUGAUCUUUAAUUUUAUGUCCGCACAUUCUCCUAAUUAAAUAUUUUGGGUUUACUCUUCAUUUAAAAGAUCAAUAAUCAAAGGCUCACUUCAGACUCCAACCUAUAAUCCAUUAGUCGAAAAAAGAACCAGAUUCCAUCACUAGGCCGUAUCCCCAUUGUUUUAAUCAUACUAAAUCAUUGUCUUAACCAAAUUGUGCUCAAAUUCUGUGAUGGUGCAAAUUAGGAGUUGGAAAACAAAUGUAACAU